UGCUCAUUCUGGAGUCAGUGCCACACCUGUCACUGUGGGUGUGCUGCUGUCUCCGCGCAACGCCCCCUGCUGGACACCCACGGUAACUCCACCCUGCACACACCACUGUGUCAUGUUGACAGGCGGAGGGGAAAGACACGGGUCGAUAAGUGGUUCAGAUUAAUUAACGGUCCACACAGGCUGUGCAGCGGGGGGAAAUGUGAGGAGCCACUUCACUCCGUGGGUCUGCGCACCGCGCGUCGCGUUCUGGAGAGAGAGAGAGGGAGAAAGAAGCACCCGCGGGUCCACACGCGCGGCACAAUUCCAAGUGGAAGUGAGAGUGAAGCAGCAGCAGCAGCAGCAGCAUGGAGCUGGUCAGACUUGCCGUGUCCCUCCUCCACAUCCUCAUGUGUCCUGCGUGGGCCUUAUCUCAUCACCCUCUCAUGGACAGCAUCCUCUCAGCCAGGUCAGCCCUCAGGUUUCUGGAUGAGCCGAGGGGCUUCGACCCCUGUUGUCUCAUGUCACCGCCUCCGCCGCCGCUCUUCCCUCCACCGCCUCAGCUGUGGAAGCAAGGAAGCCCCGACGGCGUCGGUGUGUUGGAGCCAAGUGUAGUUGGGAAAGAGGAGGAGCCAAAAGAAAAACCUGUCACGCCUGGGUGUUUGCCUGGACCUCCAGGACCUCCAGGACCCCAGGGCCCAGACGGUCAAAGUGGACUACCUGGCAUCAGAGGACCGAAGGGUGAAAAGGGAGAAAUUGGACGCCCAGGGUUGAAGGGCCGUACUGGAGCUCCAGGUCUCCCAGGGAAACAAGGACUUGCAGGAUGGCCUGGUCCAGAGGGACCCAAGGGUGAGAAAGGGGAUCCAGGACUCAUGGGCUUACCAGGACUGAGGGGACCACCAGGGACGAAGGGUUUACCUGGUUAUAAAGGAGAUAAGGGCAUUCAAGGUGAUCCAGGGUCAGCAGGAUCAAAGGGCGAUAAGGGUACCAUUGGUUUGCCCGGGAUGCUUGGACAGAAGGGUGAACAAGGGCCAAAGGGAGAGCCAGGAGUCUCAGGGAAAAGGGGACCAACUGGGCGACCUGGCAAGAGAGGCAAACAGGGUACGAAGGGCCACAGUGGAGCCCCUGGAGUCACUGGCCCUACAGGUCCCUCCGGUCCAAAUGGCCUCCCUGGGCCACCGGGUCCCCCUGGCUCAGGUCUUUAUCUCGUAGGGGAAAAGGGAGAGAAGGGUGUCCCGGGUCCGGCGGGUCACUGUGACUGCGACACCACGCUUGGAGCGAAUAACGCUCCCUAUGGAAGUUACACACAACGGAGCGGCCCGAAUAAAGUCCCCGCAAUAUUUGUGGUCAACAAUAAGGAGGAGAUGGGCCGUCUAAAUCUGGACAAUGCAAUCGCAUUCAGGAAGGAUCAGAAGAUGCUGUACUUUAAAGAUACAGAUGGAUGGAAGCCCAUACAGCCCUUCCAGCCAUUCCAGUCUACGGAGAAAGUCCCAGACAGAGUCGGUGUGUGUGGGGACGGAAAAGUGCAGGCGCAGCAUGGAGAGGAGUGUGAUGACGGAAACCAGAUUGUCACCGACGCUUGCCUCAACUGCAGGUGGGCCUACUGCGGAGACGGCUACCGACAUGAAGGCAUGGAGGAAUGCGAUGGAAAGGACUUUGGUUAUCAGACGUGCGAAUCCUAUCUGCCUGGAUCCUUCGGGCAGCUCAGAUGCACCGACUCUUGCUUCAUUGACUCCACUGGUUGCAAGUAUUUCACCUGAACUUAAAAAAAAAAGUUGCUACAUUGCAACUUUGCAGUUCCUUAGUCCGAUCCCGGGGGGAUUUGACUUCAGAGUUCAAUUGGAGGCGAACCCUUAAAAACUUAACUGACGGACUGAGAGAAAGCGAGAGACACUCUGGUGCCUGUCCUGAGCCACGGACUGUCAUGGGAGUCAUCUUUGAAUCGACUGUCCCUCUUGGAGGUUUAACUCUUUCGGAGCAGCUCCUUGCUAACGUCACACCACUGG